GAGCUCAGGAGAAUGCUGGGAUCAGUACUUUGGAACAUGGACAAAAACUGCCCACAACACCUACAGGAAAACUUGUUUCUAUAAAAAUCCAGAUGCUGGAUGAUACGCAAGAAACUUUUGAAAUUCCGCUUACUGAAAGUGCAUUUAUACAGAGAAAGAGAAGGAAAAUUAAAUAGAGGUCACUGUAGUUCUGUGGAAGACGUCCAGCAAAGAGCUCCAGGGAAGGUUUUACUGGAUGCGGUCUGCAAUCAUCUGAACCUGGUUGAAGGUGACUAUUUUGGCCUUGAGUUUCUCGAUCAUAAGAAGAUCACGGUGUGGCUGGAUCUUCUGAAACCUAUUGUGAAACAGAUCAGAAGACCUAAGCAUGUAAUUCUUAAAUUUGUGGUGAAAUUCUUCCCGCCUGAUCAUGCUCAGCUGCAAGAGGAGUUAACAAGGUACUUAUUUGCACUGCAAGUGAAGCAGGAUUUAGCACAAGGAAGACUAACCUGUAAUGAUACCAGUGCUGCUCUCUUAAUCUCACACAUUGUGCAGUCUGAGAUAGGGGAUUUUGAUGAAACCAUUGAUCGUGAACACUUAGCAAAGAACAAGUAUAUACCUCAGCAAGAAGCAUUAGAAGACAAAAUCAUGGAAUUUCAUCGUAAUCAUAUUGGACAAACACCAGCAGAAUCCGAUUUUCAGCUACUUGAAAUUGCCCGUCGUUUGGAAAUGUAUGGAAUCCGGUUGCAUCCAGCCAAGGACAGAGAAGGAACUAAGAUCAACUUAGCAGUUGCACAUACAGGCAUUCUGGUGUUUCAGGGUCACACCAAGAUCAAUGCCUUUAACUGGGCUAAAGUUCGAAAACUGAGCUUUAAGAGGAAGCGUUUUCUUAUAAAGUUACGGCCAGAUGUAAACAGUAACUUCCAGGACACGUUAGAAUUCUUAAUGGCCAGCCGGGAUUUUUGCAAGGCCUUUUGGAAGAUCUGUGUAGAACAUCAUGCCUUCUUCAGACUCUUUGAGGAACCAAAACCAAAGCCUAAACCUGUUCUCUUUACUAGAGGAUCAUCCUUUAGGUUCAGUGGCCGAACUCAAAAGCAGGUUCUUGACUAUGUUAAAGAAGGAGGACACAAAAAAGUACAGUUUGAAAGGAAACACAGCAAGAUUCACUCUGUUAGAAGCCUGACUGCAAAGCCUUCAGAACAGCAAUCAGAGGUGCCAAAAGAAAGCAGCAGUUUUACAUACGGAGAUGGUGCUGAUUCCCCAGUGGUGCAAAGCUGUCGACAAGGGAAGGAGUUAAAAGUGGAAGAUGGUGGACAACUCACAGCCCCUUCCCUGAACAAGAGCCCCAAGGAAGCCAGGAGGCUGGAUGGUGCUGCAAUGGCAGCAAUGGAGGAGGAAGAGGAGGUUGCCCAGGACAGAGCACAGCACAGUAGAUCUCAGGCACAGCAGCCGAGCACAGCAGGCUCACUUGCUGGUAGCCCUCACCUUUCUGAGCUGUCAAUCAAUUCCCAAAGUGGACCAGCCAUGGCAAACGCAACUUUAUCUCCUAAUUUGAGCCCUGAUAACAGGCAGGCAUCUCCGUUGGUCAGCCCUCUGCUGAAUGACCAAACCGGUGUCCGGACAGAUGAUGAAGAAGAGGUCAGGAGAAAGAGAUUUCCAGCCGACAAAGCAUACUUCAUUGCUAAGGAGGUUUCCACUACAGAACGAACUUAUCUGAAAGACCUUGAAGUCAUCACAUCGUGGUUUCACGGCGCAGUGAGUAAAGAGGACUGCAUGCCAGAAGCACUGAAGAAUCUCAUCUUUUCCAACUUUGAACCUUUGCACAAAUUUCACACCAACUUUCUAAAGGAAAUAGAGCAGCGCCUAGCCCUGUGGGAAGGCCGUUCUAAUGCCCACUUGAAAGGAGAUUACCAAAGAAUUGGAGAUGUUAUGCUGAAGAACAUUCAGAGUAUGAAGCAACUGACAGUUCAUUUGUGGAAGCACAGUGAGAUCCUGGUUGAGUUGGAGAAUGGGAUCAAGAGCUCUCGAAAGCUAGAGACAUUAUGCAGAGACUUUGAGAUGCAGAAAGUCUGUUAUCUACCCCUCAACGCCUUCUUUCUCAAGCCUUUGCACAGGCUUAUGCACUACAAGCAGAUAAUGGAGAGGCUCUGUAAACAUUAUCCACCAAAUCAUGUGGACUUCAGGGACUCCAGAGCUGCUCUGGCAGAGAUUUCAGAAAUGGUGGCUCAGCUUCAUAGCAGUAUGCUGAAAAUGGAAAACUUCCAGAAAUUGCAUGAACUGAAAAAAGAUUUGAUAGGUAUUGACAAUCUGGUGAUUCCAGGAAGGGAAUUUAUUAGGCUGGGUAGCCUCAGUAAGUUGUCUGGAAAAGGCUUACAGCAGCGGAUGUUUUUCCUGUUCAAUGAUGUCUUGCUAUACACAAGCAGGGGUCUAACGGCAUCCAAUCAAUUUAAAGUCCAUGGGCAGCUCCCACUCUAUGGUAUGAUGAUAGAGGAAAGUGAAGAGGAAUGGGGGGUUCCUCACUGCUUCACACUGAGAGGUCAACACCAGACCAUUGUCGUUGCUGCAAGUAGUCGCACUGAAAUGGACAAGUGGACUGAGGACAUACAGAUGGUAAUUGACUUGGCAGAGAAUUGCAAUGGCCCUGCUCCAGAAUUCCUGGGCAGUAGCCCACCGGAUACUAAGUCCCCUGAUGAACCUACUGCAGACCAGGAAUCAGAAGACGAUCUCAAUGCGUCCCGCACCUCACUUGAACGGCAGACUCCUCACCGUGGCAACACUACAGUGCAUGUCUGCUGGCACAGAAAUACCAGUGUUUCCAUGGUCGACUUUAGUAUUGCUGUGGAGAACCAGCUAUCUGGGAACCUUUUGAGAAAGUUCAAAAACAGCAACGGAUGGCAGAAGCUCUGGGUCGUGUUCACCAACUUCUGCAUGUUUUUCUACAAAUCCCACCAGGACAAUCAUCCUUUAGCAAGCCUUCCUCUGUUGGGUUAUUCUCUUACCAUUCCUUCUGAAUCUGAGAACAUCCAUAAAGACUAUGUGUUCAAGCUACACUUUAAAUCCCAUGUGUACUACUUCAGGGCGGAGAGUGAAUAUACAUUUGAGAGGUGGAUGGAGGUGAUCCGAAGUGCCACUAGCCCAGCCUCACGAAUCUGUGUUUUAAGUCACGAAGAGUCCCAUGUUUAUUGAUGACUGUACUCCAAAUUUUCAUUCCAGCAGUUGCUGUUUUUCUAGAGAACAUUUGAAUUUAUUUUCUCCUAUUAAAUUUUAGUAAAACAUAAUUGUUUUUUAAAUUGUUCUUUAGAUAUUGCCUCAGCAAGAUUGUUUACUAUUAUUGGCCACGUGACGGUUUCAUGUCUUGUAAUUGUCCUUCAGUGUGGGUUUUUUUAAAAGCUUGGGCCAGUAUUAACAUAUUGUCCUUGGAGUGCCAAAUGCCAAAAGACAUUCCCUUGCCUCAAAAGAUUUGCACCGGAUAUUAAGUACAAUUUUUGUAGUAAUUUCAUAUUUGGUAUUUCCCACGAGAGCAGAAUGCCUUCUCUUUAAGUAACAAACCCUCAGAGAUUAGUGGGAAGACUGCCGAUUUUUUUUAAAAAUGUACCCUCUCUGUAAUGCACUAACAGCAUUCAAGAUAAACAUGCAUGAAAAGCAGUCUCAAAUCAAAGAGGUUAUCUUUCAUACCUUAUUCUCAGUGUUUCUACACAUUCUAUUUCUAAAAAUUAAAAAUGUAAACUUAAUGUGUAGCUUGCUCAUUUCAUCUCACUGCUGAAAUCCAGGUGGCAUUUUCUACCCUUCAUCAGUGAAAAAUUAUGUUCUAAGACAUACAAACUUCCAGUGUGAACAGUUUAUACAAUUACUCUGUGCCGUGUUUUUGAGUACUGAAGUUGUCUUGUGGAAGUUGAGAAAGAGGAUUUGAAAGGCUGAGGUCUAACAAAAGGUCAGUAUAUUUGUGUAGGACAAGCAUUGUGGUGCUAAUUUGUGGUUUCAGUAAAUUACAGUUUCACUAAGAACAGAUACAAACAUUCUUACAUGUGUUUUGAGGAAAAUUCAAUUUUGCCUCCUUAUACACUUUUAUACAAUGUGUUUUUUUUCACCCCUGAUAAUAGUGGUUCUAUAAUACAGUUCACAACUUGUAUGUUUGAGUCUGGAAGCAAUGUAACACAGCCUUAAGACAUUUAGCCUUGCCACAUUGGGUGCAAGUUAAGCCCAAGCAGAAGACUCAACACUGUAAAAAUUGAGUGAGCGGAAUGAGAAUCUUUUUGGUAGUUGAAAUAUAUUUCUUGUGGAUUUAUUAUAUACAGUAUGAGUUCAACCACAUUUUCCAUAUUAAUCAUUUAGGAAAAAUGUAAGAAAGCUUGAUAUUAAACAUUAUGUAAAGAGAAUAAGGCUUCUAAUUCACUAUCUCCCUCUUGCUCUGGUAGCUGAGUUGUCGAUCAUAGAGGAUUUGCCCUUUCUAGAAUGUGUACAAAUAUUUCAAAAUUUGUUUAUUAAAAAAGGGAAUAAAAUACCUCAAUUUCUUUAAACACCUUAUAGUUUUAAGAUAAUAAAACAUUUCAGUUGUUUGUCUUUUUCCUAUUCCAAAAACUUUAUUUUAUUUUUAAUAACAAAACAUUCUGGCUUCAGGAUUUUACAUCAGCCUACACAAAAUGGGCAAAAUGAUGGUGCAAAGCAGCAACAAAUGUUAGUUUUGCUGAUUACUGCUUGGAAAAGUGCCUGUGGCUGCAGGGCUGUGCAUGCUGGCUUAGCAUAAGAUCAGUUGGCUGCAUUUUACAUAAACAUCUAUAGCAGCAGUCAUCUAAGGAUCCCUGCUGCAGUACUGGUGCCUCCAGUGUGGGUAGCAACAGGUGCAAAACUAGCCAUACAAGAAUGUUUUUUGUUGCAAGGUUGUUACUGAAAGUGGGAUGCUUAAAAAACAACCACUUUUUCCUGCCAUGUGCAUCUUCCUUCUUCAUCGAGGCCUUCACUGCAGAGAGUAAAGUGGUUCCAUUCCAUCACAGGCCUUGAGUUAAUGCUCCCACUGGUGCCCUAUGCAGGCUGGGGUGGCGCUCCAUUGGGAAGCUGGGAGGAGGCUAGUGGGCCCUCAGUGCUGUGGAUAAGCAAUACUGACACCUGCCACUAUUUUGAGAGUUGUCUUUAAGGGAAAGAAGACUACGAGUGAUGCUAUCAUUGCUACGGGCUGCUGACGCUAUUGAUCCAUGGGUAGAAGGGCAUGGGGUCUUUUAUGCCAUGGCAUGAAACUUCAUAUUCAUGCUUAAUGUAUUUUUAACUCUGCAAUGCAAAUCACACUAUUACAAUAGCCACAUGCAAAACAAAACUCUCAUGAUCUUCACAAAAAUGACUAUCAGUAGAGGUGACAUGGCACCAGGAUGCCCAGAACUACUGGCAAUUACUUUAUCAACCACAUCUAUGCAUGCUAAAUUAUCUGAGUUGCACGCCAAGAUACUGUAACUUGAAGCAAGGCCUUCUGCAGAAGCAUGCAGCACUUGUAAUUGCUUGUAGAGCAGUAGAAGUUCAUGGUCUCUUGAGUUCCCUGAGAAGUUUAUUCACUUGUACAGUAGUUGAAAAAUUUCCAGAUAUCCCUCUGAAUUUUGGGGACAUAUUAUCCUAGCAAAAGGCACACAUGGUGGCAUUCCCUGUGCUGUGCUACCAUGAACCAGCUGGCUGCCCUCAACUCAGCAUCUUUUCCUUGACACUACACACAAAUGUUUUCCAUUUGAAGGUACUACUGUCUAAAGUUAUUUCAGCUCAAUCCUCAUUAGGACACAGCCAUUUCCGCUUACCCUGAGCAUUGCUUUGGCAAGUAGGUGGUUUUAAUACCUAGAAAAGAACUCAGAAUUCCAAGGGUGCAUGCCUCUGUGCUGAAUGAUGGAAAUAACCCAGUAACCAUGGGCCAGUCAUUCACAGCCCAACCUUCCCAAUAGUGUUAUUGUAAGGUAAGGUCAAAGGAGCACCGUAUAAAGCUUUUGGAGCUCAAUAGAGGCUCUAAAGUGAGUGAGU